CCUCGCGGCUCCAUCAUGGCGGGCGCGGCGGGCUCUGACGAGGGCCUUCGCUCGACCGAGUACGCCCGGGGCCCUACGGCGCAAGGCAAGCGGGCCAAAGCCGAACCUUUGGACCGCGGGCUGGCCAGAACUAUGGUAGCAGUUGGACUUGGUGUUGCAACUGUUGCAUUUGCAGGUCGUUAUGCUUUCCACCUUUGGAAACCAUUGGAGCAGGCAAUUACAGAGACAGCAAAGAGGAUUUCGACUUCCAGUUUUUCAUCAUACUAUAAGGGAGGAUUUGAACAGAAAAUGAAUAGGAGAGAAGCUAGUCUUAUUUUAGGAGUAAGUCCAUCUGCUGGCAGGGACAAAAUCCGAAUAGCCCAUAGAAAAAUCAUGAUUUUGAAUCAUCCUGAUAAAGGUGGAUCGCCUUACUUAGCAACAAAAAUAAAUGAAGCAAAAGACUUGUUGGAAUCCAGUGCCAAAAACUGAAAUCCGAAGGCUUGGGUCAGAGGAGAUGCAGCAGAUACAUUGCACAAUGGCUUUCAUGUCUACUUGCUCUGCACAGUUUCUUAUUCAUAUUUAUUGUCAUAAUUAAAAUUUUAAGAUCAUCUAAAGCAAACUGAUAUCUUUUACAGUUAUGUAAAGUUAUGUACAGUUAUGCUCCUGCAAGGAGCAUAGAGUUGUACUUGAUGAUCCUUAUGGGUUCCUUCCAACUCAAGAUGUAUUAUGAUUCUGUCUCAAUUUUAGUGUAUUUUUAUUGAAUCAUGAUCCCUUACAAACUUUGAAAAAGUUCUCUAACUGUCUGGGGUUUUUUUUUGCAGAAGUAGUUGCUUCUUUCAUUAAAUUUUGGAUCUUUUAAAAUAAAAUUCAAAAAUUAGUCUUAAAUGUAUAGUUCUUCAUUAAUGAAGAAACAACUCUAUAUUUAGGGUUGCCAGAGAAAAUCUGUGACAGUGUGAUGAUUCACAGGAAAUAUGGCAGAUGCUGUACAAGUUUCCAGCACCACCGUACCCUUGAGUCUGUUCAUUUGUGAAGUAGUAGGGUUUGUUCAUGAGUGUAGUUUGAAAGCUGCAACUCCAGACAAAAGGACUAAUGGGACUACAGACUGCAGUUUUCAUUAACUGUAUAUAUGGGGCUUGGAGCUAUGAAGGAGAAGAUUCUUGGUUUUAGUUAGUUCUUUUGCAUAUUAAAGGAUCUCUGAGAUUGUCAAAUAGUCAUUUAGACAUGCUUCAAGUCAUAGAGUAUGUUUACUCUGUAGCAGUUGGGAUAGUGCAGGGGUUUUCAUAGCAGUGGACCUGAAGAAGGUAGUUCCAUGUGGCGUGGAGUUGAGAUGGAUUUUAUUGGCUGCAGUUGUUCAGAUCCUACACCAGUCAUGUGAGUCUAGUGUAGGACUGACUCAGCAGGGAACAAACAGGAGGGUACCUGCUUUGCAUAUGGCUCUGUGUGCGCUUCCUGGCUUAGUUCUCCAGUAAUGCUCACAUCUCUGCAUUAUGCUUCAUAUCCCAAAGUAUAUGUACAUACUUCUAUACAUCCUAGCAACCUAGGACUGGCUUUGGGGAGUGCUGAAGUCAUGGAUCUCAGACUUUAAAGAGGACAAGUUUCAGCUGACGGCUGGGAGUAGGUGCAGUUUGGGGCACUUGGCUGUUACAGAUUCCUAGUGGUAAAUUGUCUGCAGAUGAAUUAACUCUCCUAAGAGGAUGAUGAUGAGAUGAGACAGUAUAGUGGAUUCAGUGCAAGACUGAAAAACUUCCUGCUGUCCAUUCAGGCUCUGUCGUUUGAGGUACAACAAACAACUUGAAAUGCUACAAAUAUAAAAUUUAGAUAUUCCAUUUUCUAGGUUAUUUAGCCAGAGGUAAGUGGCUAAGAGCAGUUAAUAGGAGGUUGAAUGCUUUAAUUAUUUAUCCACCAGAACAUGCAUUUGUAGUUCAUCUGUGGUGGCUGUCCAGAUUAUAUGGAUUUUUCCUUGAAAGGACGAAAGAAUAUGAAUUAUUUUUUACCAGGUUCCUGAGACUUUGUCACAAUUCCCU